UAAAAGGCAAGGAAACCGCGAGCCACAAAGGGGCUUCCGCAUCAACAUCAGGUGGGCGACGCUGCUCUCGGCCUAGCGUUCAAUCACACGCCGGAGCUGGCCAAUAGAGGGCGAGAUCGGCCGUCGGGGAAUGUCUCGAUUGGUGUAAAGGGCCGCCGCUCAAUCGGGCUUGUAGCAGUUUGCACUCCAAGUUGGGAACUUUGAGCUAAGGUCCCUCGGCGAAGACGCAACGUGGCGGAAAUGGCUGGCAAGAGCCAGGAGCAGGCCCUUCAAGAAGAAUUGACCUGUUCCAUAUGCUGUGACCUCUUCAGGAACCCUGUCAUGUUGGGAUGCAUGCACCAUUUUUGUAAGGAGUGUAUCCAGAAAUACUGGAGCAGUUGCUCCAAAACUGCCACUUGCCCCCAGUGUCGGCAAAAGUUCCCUUCCCGGUCCUUUCAUGCCAAUUUCCUUGUAUCUAAUGUAGUGGAGACAGUUCGAAGAUGUGCCGCUGAAGAGCACAGAAAGAAAACCCAGAUGGACCUCCAAAAGCUCCUUCAGUCCUACCAGAUGGAGCAUGAGAAACUGCUGAAAAUGAAGCAUGUGACUGACGAGAAGAUCGGGAACUUGGUGGAAACAUCUGGAAAACUGAACUCAGAGAUCCGAGCAGCAUUUCAACAUCUUUAUCAGAUCCUGAAAAAGGAGGAAAGAAGGGUGCUGAUGGAACUGGCUAGAGAAGAACAAGAGUGUCUGUUGAGACUGGAAAAAGCUUCUGUGCAACUGAUGGAAGAGAUUUUUGCGUUAAAGAAAAACAUGGAGCAGAUACAACAGAAACUUGACAACCUGGGGAGCUCAUCAGUGCUGAAGGUGGAAACGGUGGCUUUCAGACCAGCAGUGCAACUAAAAACUUUGACCUUGGAUCUAAAGCAGCACAAGGAGCUGCAUGAUGGGCCCUUGCAGUACAUAUUUUGGCAAAAGAUGCUGAAGUCCAUCAGUCCAGCUCCUGCUGCGCUGACCCUGGAUCCAGAAUCAGCCCACCCCAACCUCGUCCUCUCCAAAGAUCUGACUUCAGUGACUGAGAGGGAGGAACCCCAGAUAGUACCUAGAAGCCUCAAACGUUUCCUGAAGAGUGUGAACGUGUUGGCUAAGGAGUCCUUUGAAAGCGGGCGGCAUUACUGGGAAGUUUGGGUGGGCGACAAGACCAAGUGGGAAUUAGGAGUGGCUGCAGACAGUGUGGACCGGGCAGCAAGAGUCCGGCUGUGUCCAGAGAAUGGCUAUUGGACUAUAAGGCUGUGGGACAACUCGCAGUAUUGGGCUGCAGCGACUCCCUGGGUGCAUUUGAAACCCCAGCGGUUGCUGAGGAAAGUGGGUGUGUUCUUGGACUGCGAAGCCAAAAAGGUGACCUUCUAUAACGCUGAGGAGAUGUCUCUUCUCUUCACUUUCUGCCAGUUGGAGGCUAGGAGGUUCCAUCCUUUCUUCAGUACUGGCUUCAGUCACGGCAAGAAGAAUGCGGAGCCCAUGAGGAUCUGCCACCCUCUCAGGCUCUGAAAUCUCCUCCUCCUUUCACAGCAUUUGGGGGAACUCAAGGGGAUCCCUUUUGUUUCUCUCUGCCUUUGCCAUUCUUCAGGUCUUGUUUCUCUGUCCUCCUCUACCGCCACUGAAAAAUGUAUGUGGAGAUAUCAACCCUUUAUAUUUUUAAUAUAGAUUCCAGCCAACUAUAAUGAAAAACGAAGGGUCACUGACCAUUUUUGUUUGAAGUGGUCCCUGAUCGUCUUUUCUAAGGUGGGUGUUUUUUUUUUAAUCCAACAGAAUCAUUACCGUUCAGUUAAAGUUCAACCUAGCAAAUACUCAAGCAAAAGAUCGUGAUUAUAUUCUAAUAUAUUAGAGGAAUAUGAUAGGUUUAACUUUCUACUUCCUAUUACCACUUUUUCCAAGUGUAAAUACAUUCCCUGAAUAUAGGCUUGUACUAUACCUGGUUGGUUUCUCCAUCUGCCUGAAGGAAAAAAACCUCAUCAGUGAGACUCAGUCAUCCAAAAGUGCUGUUAAUUUUCACUUGUAUCCUGAGUUAAGAACAAAAAAAAAUGUAGGUCUCAAAAGGAAGCCAAAGAUUAGAGAGCAUGAAGGAGAAGAAAUUGUUCUUUAAACUGCUUUAAACAACCCAUGAGUUUCGCAGUGGACAUAAUGCCAGCAGGAAUAAGAGCCUAACACCUUAAACUGGAUGCUGAGGAGAUUCAGUCAGUCAAAGAGAUUGGAAGAAGCCUCUCCCCUGAUGCUGAAAAAUUGGAUUGGUACCACAUCUUCAAAGGAACCAACCAGAUUCAGAGGUCCUGGACUGAAGGAGAGUUUAUUGUGCAGAGGAACAUUUUUCCCAAUUUUGCAGUAUAGUUCUCAACUCACAAAAAAAAGGCAUUUUUAUUUUAUUUUAAAAUACAAUGGUAGAAAAGCCCCUUAAAAAAACGACGUUAAAAGAAUGAGUGUUUUGUAUAUGUGUGUUUUAUUGACAUGAAAACAAGAUCAAUUUACGAAGGACUGUAAACUGGAAGUAGACAAGGGAGCUCAUACUUUAUGAUUCAGAAUAGCACAAACUGAUCUUAGUAAUAACCAUAGCAAAUCGUACGAGAGGGUGGUUGUAUCAGGUGACCCGGCUAUGCACUUUGGGGCUGUUGAAAGACGCAGUUUUGAAGCUACCUGAUGAAACUUCAGGGAUAGCUCAGUAUUUGCUAGGGAUAUGUAAGAGGCUACGCAUAGUAUCUGCACAAUUCGCUAUUUGUUUUCCUCACAAUAAAGUCAAAUGUACCUUUCGCUGAGCCACAUUAAAGCAAAAAUAAAUGCUUAUUUCUGCCUA